AUGAUCAUAUCUGUUGUUAUUGUUUUGAUCCUGUCUGACCUGGGUCAAACUGUGAACCCUUUCUGCUAUCCCGGAGACUCCUGUUUUCCCGGUAUCAGCAUCAUCCAUACAUUUGCUUCUUCCCUUCCUAACGGAUCAGUUGUAUUUCCCUCUGACAAUAAGACCUACACUGACGUCACAUUGAUGCACAAUCUCAUUAGGACUAGAUACCCAUUCGCUGUUGUCAUGGCUAUGUCACGUGAUGAUGUCAAAGACACCAUCGCCUUCGCCAGACAAUAUAAUCUGCGAGUGACUGUUCUGGGAACUGGACACGACUUCAAUGGUCGCUCCACGGGGAAUGGCACACUGCAGCUAAAUCUGAGUUUGAUGAAGAGCAGAGAAGUGGACCUAGAUUCCUGGAGACAUGAAAACGGGACAAUAUCCGUGGGACCUGGAAACCUGUGGAUUGAUGUCUACAGAGAAGUAGACAAGUAUGGGAGGGUUGUUGUGGGCGGCAGUGCCCACACCGUCGGUAUGGGUGGUUACACUCUCGGAGGCGGACACAGUCCAAUAUGUCGGUUCUAUGGAAUGGCUAUUGAUAACUUACUGGAAGUAGAAAUGGUCAUGGCGGACGGUAGAGUAGUCACCGCGACAAAAGACUACGUACACACGAUUUACAACAAUGGAAGCACAUCUAACGUUAGUGACAGUGAGUUCUUCUGGGCCAUCGCCGGUGGAGGGGGUGGUACAUUUGGAGUGUCCACCAGAUUAUUAUUCAAACUCCAUAUGCCACCAGAGAAAGUCUUUAAGCUUGUAAUAAUUUAUCCAAUGAAUACAGUAUAUGGCGAGGACGUAUUCGAACAGGUAACAGGUAAAAUCAAAGAGUUAUUUACUAAUGACCUACCAAAUGAAUGGGGAGGAUAUUUAAUCUUUGACGGCAAUACCGACGAGUACCUGUCUAAGGGACACGUGACGUUUGUUUUAAAUCAUUUGGGAUCAAAUACAACGGCUUCUUACAAAUACCUACAAAGUCUGAUUGAAUUCCUCCCAAACAAGAGAUAUUUUAGUGCUACUGAAUACCAAACGUUUUUGGAGUAUGAAGAAACAAUAACUGACGCGCAGUAUUAUUUAACCUUUGUUUAUAAUUCUCUAAUCCCUUCUUCUAAUUUGACAGAAGAGUUUAGAGAUUAUAUAAGACAAACUGUUUUCAUCAAACCUACUCCGAAUUCUGGCACUGGAUAUACCGCUACCCUGAUUGGAGGGAAAAUGCAUGAGAUAACACCGGAAGCGACAUCAGUUCAUCCUGGUUUCAGAAACACUCUCCUGUCGAUGACUGGCGGUGUGGGAUUUGGACUUCCUGGGAUACCAGAAAUCGAGAAGAUUUUCUACAAGACUGUGGAAAGAAAUAUCGAAUUCGCCAAAUUUGGAUAUGGGAUGUAUCCAAACGAGGCAGCUCAGGCCACUCCUAACUGGCAGACGAAUUUCUGGGGAACCAACUAUGACCGUCUGUACCGGAUCAAACUCCGAGAAGACCCUGAUGAUUUCUUCACAUGUGAUCAGUGUGUAGGGUCAGAAUUGAGAAAUCAAUCAGAAUUGAAAACAACCACAUCAUCACCAUCAUCAGUAACAUCAGCAUUUUUCUCAACAGCUACAUCAUCAUCAUCAUCUUCACAACCAUCUUCAUUUUCAGAUGAUUCAUCUACACCGCUCUCAUCAACUACAUUGAAAGAGUUUCAAACAACCCUUUUCUCUUCUACCUUAAACAAUCCAAUCUCCCAUGCUUCAACUACAUCCAAGUUAUCUGUUUUAAAUUUGCUCUGCAAUGUUUUGGUUUUAUGUGCAUACCUACAUUGA